GUGUUUUUUAAAUGUGUCGGUUUGUUUUAAUAUGUUAUACAUUUUGUAAUUUUAGUAUUUGUGCUAAGUUUAUUGUUUGUAUGUAUUAGGGACAUGGUGUUGCCACCUACUAUAAGGUAAAGCAACAACGAAUAAAUAAAUGAAAUGAAAUGGAACAGUUCCAUUUCUUCGGAAGUUGGAGGAUAAUAUGUUUCUGGCAAGACAAUGCUCUUCUCCGCACUGCAUUGCAUACUAUCCUCGAGAAUGUCAAUGCCCGCCCAAUGGCCAAUCAUAUCUACUGACAAUUCGGCUGUUUAACAUGUGCGUGGGACAUUAAGAAUAAAAGAUUGAAGAAUCUGUGAAUCUUCCACAUAGGCUGGGACAACUCCACCACCAAUUGCAGGUUGAUUGUGGGUUAUGCGAUAAUACUUCAAGACGAAUUCGGUUACUUGCUGGAAUCGUUGAUACGAAAACUUAGAGGGAGAGACAACACAUUUGUUUUUCCGUUUGAAAUUUAACUAUUCGACCUAUACGUUGGCCAAAGAUUCCAAAACCUUCUUGGUGUUAUAAUUUCUUAUUCAAACGCAAUUAAAUUUUAUUAUUAUUUGUCAUUGUAACUUGUAAGUAAUGGUCAUCAUUCUAGCCGAGUCACGUAAGCAUAUAUGUAUAAGUCUAUCUAUGAUUCAAAAUCUGGAGAUAAUAAUGCCCUCGAAUGGAAUGGCAAUGUAAAGGUUUAUUUAGUAUUUUAAUUAAUAUUGAUUGGUUAAAUGGUACCUAUAAAUUAGAAGGCAACCUUCUUUACGAAACGCAUUUCAGUGUAGAAUGCAGCUGGCUACAAAUUAUUGAUUGGAAAAUGGAAGUCAAUUGUGAAACUAACAAUACUCCUCAUCCCAGAGAAAAUGCCAAUCUACUCUCACGCUUCACAUUUUCGUAUAUUUUGCCAUUAUUUAUGUAUGGAUACCGCAAAAAUAUCACCCAAGAAGACGUUUUCCAGCCGCAUUCUGAAUUAAGGUCCUCGAAUUUGGGAAACAACGCAAUAGAUCUGUGGCAAGAAGAACUUAAGGGUACAUACAAACAUGGGCGGAAACCCUCACUGCCUAAGUUAAUAGUCAAAAUGCUGGCAAAGGAAUAUUUGUCAAUCAGUGCUCUCAUUGUGAUCUGCGAACUACUUGCACGACCACUCCAGGCGUUCUUUUUGGGAGAAUUUAUUUUGUGUUACUCCGACCCGAACCUAGAACGCAAGCCUUAUUUUUACGCGUGUGGUGUCAUCGUGUGUGUCUUUUGUAAUACGAUUUUUCUACAUCCCGCAGUUCUCGCGUCACACCACUUGGCAUUCAAGAUUCGAGUAAUCUGCGGCAGUCUUAUUUAUUCGAAGAUAUUAAGACUUAGCAAAGAGGCAUUAAAUCAAAGAACUCCAGGACAAAUAUUAAACUUAAUUUCGAAUGAUGUGAAUAUUUUUGAUAGAAUGGUAUUCACAUCGCAGUACUUAUGGGUUGGACCUCUGCAAACUUUCAUUAUUUUGGGAUUGAUGUAUAGAGAAGUUGGAGUUGCUUCGUUUUUUGGCUUAGCUCUACUACUCUUAUUUAUUCCGUUAUAUUUUGUAUUGGGACGAUUGGCCUCAAAAUUUCGAUUAAAAGCUUCCUUGAAGAGAGAUCAUCGUUUGCGUUUCAUGAACGAAAUAAUACAAGGAAUAAAUGUCAUAAAAAUGUACGCUUGGGAAAAAUCAUUUUCAAAAGUGAUCUUCAAAUUCAGAAAACUAGAAAUAAACUUUAUCAAAUUAGGACUUUAUGUUAAAAGCGUAGCGAUCACUUAUGACGUAUUUAUUUCAACCGCGCUGUUUCUCACAAUGCUAUCCGGUGUGCUUCUAGGCGAAAAACUAAACGCCUCCUCUGUAUUUAUUGUUACCACCUUAUUUUCGACCCUAGGUUUUACCUUAAAUUUUUUCUUCCCUCAAGGGAUGAUAUUUUUAAGCGAAAUCUUUGUUUCGCUAAACCGCAUAAAUGACUUCCUUUUGUGUGAUGAGGUAUUACCAGUAACGCGUAACGUUGGAGCCAAAGGUACUAUCGUGAUUCAACAAGCUACCUCCAGAUGGGAAAAAGAUUCCGACCGCAAUAUUUUGUCAGAUAUUGAUUUCGAGAUAGAAUGCGAAAGCCUAAACGCUGUAAUAGGUUCCGUUGCUAGUGGAAAAACGAGUUUGUUAAAUCUUAUUUUGGGCGAAAUACCAUUGGAAUCUGGAGCUAUAAGUAUAAAUGGUACUAUUAGCUACGCUUCGCAAGAUGCUUGGAUAUUUUCAUCAACAAUAAAGCAAAAUAUUCUGUUUGGUAGCAAAAUGGACGAAUCACGCUACGCCGAUGUUAUUAAAUGUUGCGCUUUGGAAAGAGACUUAUCACUCCUUCCGAAUGGCGACAAAACAAUAGUUGGAGAACGAGGAGCUUCAUUGAGUGGCGGACAAAAGGCCAGAAUUAAUUUGGCUCGCGCCAUAUACAGAGACGCCGACAUUUACUUGUUGGACGAUCCGCUUUCGGCAGUCGACACUCGAGUUGGUAAACACAUUUUUGAAUAUUGUAUUCGAAGGUUUCUAAAGGGCAAGACAAUUUUGCUAAUAACUCACCAGUUGCAAUAUCUAAAACAUGUCGACUCAAUCAUGGUAAUGGAAAACGGAACGAUUAUCACCAAAGGCUCGCAAAGUGACCUCGAAAAUUCAGGUUUUGAUUUCGUGAGGUUCUUACGAGAUAGUGAUCAAGUUGACGAUAUAACCGAAGAGCCUACUGUUCAAAAUUCAACCAGUUUCAAUCAAGCGAAAGCACCAAUCCAAGGGAAACCCACCGGAAUCCAAAUGAUCAGUUAUCACACCUACAAAGCCUAUUUCUACGCAUCGAAAAGUUGGACAAUACUAUUGAUGUGUUUUUCACUAUUUGUGUUGGUACAAUUGGCGAUGAGCAGCGCGUCUUACUUUCUGGCCUACUGGGUAAACAAGGAACACGCUGAUGGCUUUACGAGUAUAAUGCAAGAGCAGAGCAUUUACGUAUAUGUGUAUAGUACUAUUAUUCUUGCGUCCCUAAUCUUCACCACUUUAAGAUCUGUUUCUUUUGUUAAUCUAACAACAACAUCGGCAAGAAUUCUUCAUGAUAGAAUGUUUAGCAACGUCUUGCAUGCGACUAUCAACUUUUUUAAUUUAAAUUCAUCGGGUGCUAUUUUAAAUCGUUUUUCAAAGGACUUGGCGACAAUCGAUGAAAUGCUACCAAAUGCUGUUAUGAUUGCUGGGCGUACACUUUUAAGUAUAACCGGUGUCUUUUGCGUUAUCUGUAUAGUAAACCCCUGGUUUAUUAUCCCUACCUUGUUUGUUUUGAUUAUAUUAAAUUAUUUAAGAAGGUUCUAUUUAGCUACAGAUUUAAAUGUACUUAGGGUUGAAGGACAAGUUCGAGGGCCACUAUAUGGUUACGUCAAUGUGUCUUUACAAGGUUUAAGUACAAUUAGAGCAUUUAGUGUUCAAAAACUGUUAACAGAAGAAUUUUAUCGUCAUCAAGAUAUACAUAGCAGCGCCCUUGAUAUGGCUUCUACAGUAUCCAGAGCGUUCGCUUAUUGGAUGGAUUUGUUAAACGUCAUCUACAUCAUCGUUAUUACGCUAUUUUAUACAUUUAGUGCUGAUUCGUUUGGCGUUAAUAUUGGUCUUACAAUAUCACAAGCCUUACAGUUGAUGACUCAAUUGCCAUGGGGUGUAAGACAGUCUACAGAUGCAGAAAGCUUUAUGGUUUCUGUUGAACGAGUCGUUGAAUACGAUUCGAUUUCAAAAGAGCGAGAUGGCAAAGGUGCGACCAAAAAGCCUUCGAAUUCGUGGCCAGAUUUUGGCAAGAUAGAGUUUAAAAAUGUCUUUCUGCGGUACUCUGAUACAGCGCCCUAUGUUUUACAAGAUUUAAACUUUACUAUCCGUCCAAUGGAAAAAGUAGGCAUUGUGGGUAGAACGGGUGCGGGAAAAUCUUCAAUAAUUGCUGCGUUAUUUCAACUGGUAGACAACGAAGGGUUUAUUUUUAUUGACGGAGUUGAUGUCUGCAAAAUUGAUUUGCCUAUUUUGAGGAAAAGGAUGUCUAUAAUUCCUCAAGACCCAGUUCUCUUCACGGGUACUAUUAGAAGUAAUUUGGAUCCUUUCGAAGAAUACGGCGAUGAAGUGCUUUGGAAGGCGCUGGAGGAAGUAAGACUUAAAGACGUCGUAAACGGUUUACCUUCUGGUUUAAACUGUGAGAUCUCUCAAGACGGGUCGAACUUCAGUGUAGGUCAACGCCAGCUAAUUUGUUUAGCGCGAGCCAUCGUUCGAAGCAAUAAAAUUUUAAUUUUGGAUGAAGCAACGGCAAACGUAGAUCUUGACACCGACACGCUCAUUCAGGAAACCAUAAGGCACAAGUUUUCAAAUUGCACGGUACUCACUGUAGCUCACAGGCUGAAUACCAUAAUUGACUGUGAUAAAGUUCUGGUUAUGGAUAGAGGUUUGGCAGUUGAAUUUAAUCAUCCAUACCUGUUACUGCAAAACACGAACGGGUUUUUUUACAAUUUGGUUCAACAAACGGAGAAAGUGAUGGCCAACACGCUUAAUGACAUUGCUAGAAGGAGUUACCAAAAGGCACAGCAAGAAGAGUGACCGUAAGGGUUAAAGAAAUUUGUGUAUUGAUAAUAAAUGUACUUACAUACGUAAUAAAAUAGUGCUUUUCUCAA